AUGGCCAGAAGACUUCUCUUGAUGCUGAAGAAACUCUCCCGGGUGUUUUACAACAUCAUCGUUCUGUUCAUUCCCUGGGAAGUGAGGAUCAAGAAAAUAGAAAGUCACUUUGGCUCAGGUGUGGCUUCCUACUUCAUCUUCCUCCGCUGGCUCUUUGGAAUCAACAUUGUCCUCACUGUCAUGACUGGAGCCUUCAUCGUCCUACCUGAGCUGCUCGCUGGAGCCCCGUUUGGAACUACAAGGAGUAAAACGAUCCCCAAGGAGCACCUGGCUUCAGCUCAGGACCUAGACACCAUCUGGUCUCUUGGGGGCUACCUGCAGUAUUCAGUACUGUUCUACGGUUACUACGGCCGGGUGAGGAAGAUCGGCAGUGCAGGCUACCGCCUGCCCCUUGCCUACUUUCUUGUUGGAAUGGCUGUCUUUGCCUACAGUUUCAUCAUUUUGUUAAGAAAAAUGGCCAAGAACUCACGCCUGAGCCUGGCCAGUGCAUCUGAUGAGAACUUCACCUUCUGCUGGAGGGUUUUCUGUGCCUGGGACUACCUGAUUGGAAACCCAGAGGCUGCAGAGAGCAAAGGAGCUGCCAUCGUCAACAGCAUCAGGGAAGCCAUUGUGGAGGAGCAGGAGAAAAAGAAAGAUACGAGUCUGGCAGUCCUGAUCAGUCUUCGGAUCUUAGCCAACAUCCUUGUACUGCUGUCUCUGGCUGGCAGCAUCUACAUCAUCUAUUUUGUGGUAGAACGUUCUCAGAAACUGGAGCAGGAGAAGGUGGAGCUGACGCUGUGGGAGAAGAAUGAGGUCAGUGUGGUGGUUUCUCUCAUCACCAUGAUUGCUCCGUCUGCCUUUGAACUCGUGGCUCAGCUGGAGAUGUACCACCCACGGACAUCACUACGAUUCCAGCUGGGCAGAGUGCUGGUUUUAUACCUGGGGAAUCUCUACAGCUUGAUUAUCGCCCUCCUGGAUAAGGUCAACAGCAUGAGCUCUGCAGUUCCACAGAGUUCUGGCAACUGGUCUGAGUCCACAUCCUUGUUGGUCACCAUUUCCCAGCCUGAAGUGGAAAGCCCAUCCACCCUGAUGGCUAAACUUUCACACUCAGAGCUUCACAAUAGCACCAUAGCAACAAUCACAAAAGUCCUGGAUGUUACAAACAGCAGCAGGAGCCGCUCGGGAACCAUCUCCAAUCAGACAAGUUUGUUUGAGAAGAACAUUCGCUCUCCACAGGACCAGUGCUGGGAGACCUACGUUGGACAGGAGAUGUUGAAGCUGUCCAUCAUUGACAUGAUCUUCACAGUGGCCAGCAUCCUGCUGAUUGACUUCAUCAGAGGUUUGGUGGUGCGCUACCUGAGUGACUGCUGCUGCUGGGAUUUGGAGAGCAAGUUUCCAGAAUAUGGAGAAUUCAAAAUCGCAGAAAAUGUCUUACACCUGAUUUAUAACCAGGGGAUGAUCUGGAUGGGGGCCUUUUUCUCUCCAUGUCUUCCUGCCUUCAACGUGUUGAAGCUGGUUGGUCUGAUGUAUCUGAGGAGUUGGGCCGUUCUCACUUGUAACAUUCCACAUCAGCAGGUGUUCAGAGCCUCCAGAUCCAACAAUUUCUACCUGGCUAUGCUGCUGUUCAUGUUGUUUUUGUGCAUGUUGCCAACCAUCUUUGCCAUCGUGAGAUACCGACCAUCCCAGCACUGUGGCCCAUUCAGUGGACAGGAAAAGAUUUAUGACAUCAUCUCUGAGACGGUUACCAGUGACUUCCCGUUGUGGUUUGGUAAGGUGAUCGGUUACAUCACCAGCCCUGUGGUGGUGCUGCCAGCGCUGCUGCUGCUGUUCAUGCUGAUUUACUACCUUCAAGCUAUCGCCAGGUCCCUGAAGUUCACCAACAACCAGCUGAGGAUGCGUCUCCAGACUGACCGGAAUGAGGACAAGAAGAAAGUUAUCCAGAUGGCAGCAGCACGGCUGCAGGUUCCAGAUGCACAAGAUAAGAAAGCAGAUCAGGAGGAGGAAAACAUCACAAGUCAUGAGGCCUCAAUCCACACGCCGUCCCCACAACACAACGGCAGAAUCUCAAACUUUCAGUCUCCAACUCGACGUGGGACCAGCAUCCGCACCAUUACCCAGUCGGCAUCUCGACCAGACCUGAACCAAGGAUGUGCUGCAGAGUCCUCCAGAAGUGAAGCUGCAUCCACACUGCCCAAAAACAGGCUCCCACCAUUGCUUGGUUGCCCUGUUGGCAGUUGUAGGUCCAAGUCCUACCACCACAUCCCAUACAAUCCCUCUGCUCGCUAUUCCGACAACAUCCACUCUGACCCUUUGUACAGGAAGACGAUCAGAUCUCUACAUCCUGUUGAGCGUACAGGCAUGAUCACUGCACAGAGUUUUCGAGGAGGGCCCCCUCAUACCACCCAUUAUGUGCUCGUUAAUGAGCACGAUGCCCAGAAGAAGUUGCUGCAUUCUUCCAAAAAGAUCCCAUGCUGUUACUUCAUGGAGGAUCCUGGAGAAAUCCUGCAGCUUUAUUCACAUAAAAUGAAACGAUGUCAACCUCACAGUCAAUAUGGGCAUGCGCACACUAACUGCUCUCACCCAUCAGAGCAACUUCGGAACAAAGACGACAGGAAAGGCAGGAGACGGAUGUCUUUGAGGCAGUCUCAUCAGCUGUGCUGUGCGUCUGACUUUCACCACCAUCCACACUUCUAUAUCGGUGACCAAAAGAGUCACGUUACGAAAGACAUUCACUCCACUCAAGCAAGGCGUGUUGCCCAAGAGCAACAUGAAGACCUGGAAGCCGACACGGAUUGGGAAGAUUUGAAUACUUCUGGCAAGGCAAAGGCCAGUGUAAGAAGAGAAGACCCGCGUCCAACAGGAAGCAGGGAUCACGUCUGUUCACCGGGGAGACGUCGUCAGUCCUCAUCCAGAACCAGCCACUCAGAAUCCUAUGUGAAGCACAAGCUGAAGCGGACGCUGGAAUCCCCACUGACGGAGUCUGACUCGGCGUCCAGCAGCGAGCAACAGAACAGCAGCAGUGACCAGUACCUCCAAGUCAUCCACAACAAGGAGCACUACCUGAAAUCUAAAGCCCAGCAAGGAAAGCUCACCAAGAACAAGUCCAAACCCAGCUUUGACCUCAGUGUGUCUGAGGCCAAUGACCUGAUUUGCUCCAAUGUGUGAUGUCCAGUGUC